UAGUAGUCCUUUGGCAGUAAUCAUGGAAAUUGGAAUGUGUUGGCUCCUAGCUUCUCAUAGAUGGCUACUUUUAUGUGCUAUACAGGGGAAAGGGGAUGGAGAGGAGUUGAAAAGCACCGCAAUUCAUUGUCUGUGCCGUCUUCGAGGUCAAGCUGUUGAUGAAUCAGCUCAUCGGCAAGUGGAUGAAAUUUUGGCUGAGCUUGCUUAUGUGGGUGAAGAAAAAGAGGUUAUUUUCGGAGAAAUAUUCAGAGGAAAAUGCUUGAAAGCCCUUACCAUUGGUGCAGGAUUGGUCUUGUUUCAACAGAUCACAGGGCAACCAAAUGUGCUUCAGUAUGCUGGAUCAAUCCUUCAGGUAUUAUAUAACACAAAUUCAUAUGAUCUAUUUAUUAUAAUUGGAACACAAUUAGGUCUCUUGGGGUGUUUGAGCCCUGUCUCAACUUUUGCAGCUGCGUUCAAUGCAAUGAGAGAAAGCAUGGUUGGUUCACUUGGAUUUUGCUACAAUCUGCACCUCCACUUCCACAAGCCCAAUUCAGUGCUGCCUGCAACUCAACGUCGCUGCUUUGCGGAUCAGCUAUGCACCAUUGCUCAUAUUCAGCAAACACCCUUUUUCUUUUCUUGCCCCUUAGUGGUGAAUUUCAAAUUCUGUUAG